UCGAAAGUCAGACCGCCUGACCGUCGUGUGCAACUUGAAACCGGCGUAGCUGGUCUCUCGUUGACUUUUCAGAGCACCGGUUGUCUGCAAAUACUGUAUCGCAGAGAAGUGGGUUGGACAGGAGUGGGGCCGAGCAAACAAUUCCGUCUCCAAGGGGACCCUCCAACCGGCCAAGAAGACACAGCCUCGCGGUUGGGACUGUCGGAAUUGGAUACUUUGCGGGGAUUCUGGCUAGGAGAUUACAUUCUUCUUGAAGUAGUUUCUUUCAGAACGGCGUUUUACGUGCCUGAGUGGCCGGCAGCCUUAGGUCGACAGAAGGAGGAACCUUCUUCUGAACCGAAUUAUACCACGAGCUCGAAAGACUUAGCCUCAGCGCUCGGUGACGCUGUCACAUGUUCAGACGUGCCAGUCGGUGUCAAUUGGUCGAGCGAAAUGUGCAACCUGAAUUGCCCAGUAUUUUAG